AUGCCGGCCGCAGUUUCAAGCCUGCAUACUUCGGCCGCGGGAAGGAUGGUAGCGCUGUUAGCAGCGGCAAUCUUCGCAGCCUGUGUUGUGCCCCGUACAGGAGCCUUUGUGGCUUCCCCACCUCUGCGCACAGGACAAAGGCUGCCCCCUUUGAAUCCUCAAACAAGCGCGCCAUCUUCCCACUCCGGCGCGCAGCCAACAGCGACUGCUGCGAGCGCAGCGUUUGCCUUCGUCGCUGCGGCAGCUGCCGCAUCAUUUGCUGCGGCUAUCCCAGUGCGUGGAGCCAAGACAGCACCAAAGAAGACUGUGGUUCGCGCCGGUGCCUGGAGCUCGGGCUCUUCUGGAAGCAUCUCUUCCAGCGGCUCCUCUUUUCUGGGAAGCUCAAUGGCAGGGUCCGUCACCGGGCCAGUCAUGCCAGCGCCUUCGAACAGCGGCUCUGGCCUUGCCUCCAUGAAAAUGAUGUUUGAGCGCUUCAACGAGAAGGCCAUUAAGGCGGUGAUGACUGCGCAGGAGGAGUCCAGGCGGUUAGGUCACAACUACGUCGGCACAGAGAUGCUUUUGGUCGGCGUUGUCGCUGACACCUCUGGUCCUUCGGCAAAGGUUUUGAAGAAGUUCAACGUGACUCUCAAGGACACCCGGAAAACUGUCGAAGAGACAGUCGGACGUGGUAGCGGCAUGGUGUCCGUCGAGAUCCCGUUCACUCCGGCGGCCAAGCGCGUUCUGGGCGACGGAGUUGAAGAGGCAAAGCGGCUGAAUGCAAACACGAUUGACACUGCUCACAUCUUGCUCGCCCUCCUCAAAGAGGAUAACGGCAAUGCUGUCAAGAUUUUGGAGAAGUUGGGUGUCGAUCCAAGCAAGAUGCCAGAAGAGAUCAUCAAGGAGCUCGCGGAGAAGGAGGAGCGAAGCCUGGUUGGCGUGACCUCCCGUGGUGGUGGCUCUGGGAAGACAGUGACCUUAGAAGAGUUCGGCAACGACCUGACUAAGGCAGCAGAAGAGGGCAAGAUGGACCCCCUCGUCGGCCGAAGUGCCGAGCUCGAACGCACCAUCCAGAUCCUUGCACGAAGACAGAAGAACAACCCAGUGCUCAUUGGUGAGCCCGGGGUGGGCAAGACAGCGAUUGCUGAGGGCUUGGCUCAAAAGAUCGUGGCGGGUGACAUACCCGAACUCCUGCAAGGCAAGCGCAUCGUCCAGCUGGAUUUGGCAAUGCUGCUGGCUGGAACCCGAUACCGCGGAGAGUUCGAAGAGCGCCUGAAGAAUGUCAUCAAGGAGGUACUCGACUCGAAGAAGCAAAUCAUCCUGAUGAUUGAUGAGAUCCACACCAUCGUUGGAGCUGGAGGAACAGGUGACGGCGGCGGCGCCAUUGAUGCUGGCAACAUCAUGAAGCCGGCCUUGUCUCGUGGAGAACUUCAGGUCAUUGGCGCCACAACCAUAGAAGAGUACAGGAAGUAUAUUGAGAAAGACAAGGCUCUUGAGCGACGUUUCCAGCCUGUGAAUGUCCCUGAGCCAACCAACGAAGAGACACUCACGAUCUUGAAGGGCUUGGCCAAAAAGUAUGAGGAACACCACAAGCUCAAGUACACGGAUGAAGCCUUGGCAGCCUGUGUGAAGUUUGCUUCGCAGUACAUUCAGGAUCGAUUCCUGCCGGACAAGGCCAUCGAUGUACUGGAUGAGACUGGUGCACGAGUACGCCUGCGCGAGUCUUCCAUCCUCCCUGAGGAGGCGAAGGAAGCGCAGAACAAGCUGAAAGAGGUCAUGACCAGCAAGGAGGAAGCAGUCCGCAAUCAGAACUACGAGCUUGCCCAAGAGCUCAAGACUGAGGAGACAACCUUGCGCGCCAAAAUCAAGAGCAUCAUCAGCGAGUCCAAGUCCGCGUUGGAAACAGAUGAAGAUGAGGAAGAGGCCGACGGUGAGGAGAAGACAGGAAAGGAGAUUCUGGUCACCGAGGCUGAUGUGGCAGCCGUGGUUUCCAAGUGGACUGGUGUGCCUGUUGAGAAGGUUUCCUCAGACGAGGGAGCUCGCCUGGUCAAGCUCGAGGAGGUCCUCCACAGCCGUGUGAUUGGGCAGAACGAGGCAGUCACUGCCGUGUCCAAAGCCGUCCGACGUGCACGGGCUGGGCUGAAGAACCCCAAUCGGCCAAUUGCGUCCUUCAUUUUCUGCGGUCCGACAGGAGUUGGCAAGACAGAGCUUUGCAAGGCGUUGGCGGCCGCUUACUUCGGCAAGGAGGAUGCCAUGAUUCGCCUGGACAUGUCCGAGUUCAUGGAGCGCCAUACUGUCUCCAAGCUCAUCGGCAGUCCCCCAGGCUAUGUCGGCUACGAUGAGGAGAGCCAACUGACUGACGGGAUCCGCCGAAAGCCCUACAGCUUGGUGCUCUUCGAUGAGGUAGAGAAGGCCCACCCCGACGUCUUCAACCUCAUGCUGCAGAUUUUGGAGGAUGGCCGUCUGACAGAUUCCAAGGGACGAGUGGUCUCCUUCAAGAAUGCACUGAUCAUCAUGACCUCAAACGUCGGGGCCAAGGCAAUCGAGAAGGGUAUCCAGGGCGGCGGCGGCAUAGGCUUUAGCGGUCUGGAGGAUGCAGAGGAUGCAGAGACUUCGAGCUACAACCGCUUAAAGACCUUAGUCUUCGACGAGCUCAAGAAUUUCUUCAAGCCAGAAUUCCUCAACCGACUGGAUGAGGUCAUUGUCUUCAGAUCACUUACAAAGCCAGAGGUUGCCCAAAUCGCCGAGCUGGAGUUUAAGAAGACCUUCAGCCGAACAAAGGAGCGAGGCAUCGUUCUCAGCAUGACAGACAAGUUCAAGCAGAAGGUGGUUGACGAAGGCUUCAACCCAACUUACGGUGCUAGACCGCUUCGGCGAGCAAUCAUGCGCUUGGUGGAGGACGAGUUGGCAGAGUCCUUCCUCAAGGAGCCAACACGGGAAGGCGAACACAUCCGCAUGGAUGUCAACGCAGACGGAAACGUCAUGAUUCUCCGGGACCAGCCGGCCCCAGAGGGUACAGAGGAAAACAAGGAGGAGAUGAAGGUCGUGGAAACGACAGCAGCGUGA